UGCAAUUCUAGCUCUGUGAAUUCACAUCUCUGCAAUGGAUCAAUUUGAGAGCAUUCUAGGAAACCUGGAGAACAAGACUAUCUUAAUUACUGGAGCUACUGGUUUUGUCGAAAAGGUGUUGGUGGAGAAAAUACUAAGAGUUCAGCCAAACGUGAAAAAGUUGUAUCUUCUUUUACGAGCUUCUGAUGCCAAUUCUGCCACACAUCGCAUGCAUAAUGAGAUCACAGGAAAAGAGUUGUUCAAGAUUGUAAGGGAGAAAUGGGCAGCAAAUUUUGAUUCCUUCAUAUCAGAAAAGGUUGUUGCUCUCUCAGGAGACGUAACUUUGAAAGAUCUAGGAGUGAAGGAAAUCAAAGUAAAGGAAGAACUGUUCAAUGGGAUACAGAUAAUAAUUAAUUCUUCAGCAAACACAAAGUGGGAUGAAAGGUAUGAUGUUGCACUGGAAGUGAAUACAUUUGGAGUUUUGAAUAUGUUAGACUUUGCAAAGAAAUGCUUAAAUCUGGAGAUGGUUGUUCACAUGUCAACAGCUUAUGUGACUGGUGAUAGGGCAGGGCUGAUACUAGAGGACUCAUCUUCAAUGGAUGAGAUGGCAAGAAAAACUACUCAUGAUAUUGACUUGAAAGAACAUGAAAAGAAGAUGGUGGAGUGCAAACUAAAAGAACUACAAGCACAAGACGUUUCCGAAGAAGUUAUUACAAAUACAAUGAAAGACUUUGGCACCUCAAGGGCUAAGUUGUAUGGAUGGGAAAAUACCUAUUUGUUAACAAAGGUAAUGGGAGAAAUGUAUCUAGGACACUCAAAAGGUAACCUAUCUGUUGCUGUCAUACGUCCAACUAUGAUUACCAGCACUUACAAGGAGCCAUUUUCUGGCUGGAUUGAAGGUUUCAGACUAUAUGAUAGCCUAAUUGGCAGUUAUUGGAAAGGGAAGCUUACAUGUAUACCUGUCGAUCCUAUGUCAGUAGUAGAUGUGAUUCCGGUUGACAUGGUGGUAAAUUCAAUUAUUACAGCAAUGGUAGUCAAUGCAAAUACAUCUCGUAAAAUAAUUUACCAUGUUGGAACCUCAUUGCGGAAUCCUCUUAAAUUCUCUGAUUUUAACAAAUUUAUGUUCCAAUACUGCACAAAAAAUCCAUGGAUUUACAAUGAUGGAAGGCCUGUCAAGGUUGGCAAGUUAAAAAUGGUUACAACCAUGGCCGCUUUUCGCUGGUACAUGCAACCAUUGCAGGGAUUAAAGUCCUUGAAUAAAGAAUUUGACCAAUGUUUCCCAGAUGUAUGCCUUAACGAUGACUGGAAAGACAAAUCGGUAAUACGGUUGAUUGAGUUGUACGAACGAAUUUUGCUAUUCAAGGGGAUCUUUGACGACACCAAUUCAGAGGAAUUGCGAAGGAUAGCAAAUUGGAGCUACAUUGAUGCAGAAAAUUUUAAUUUCAAUCCAAAAUGUAUUGACUGGGAAGAUUACUAUAUCCAUAGUCACAUUCCUGGCCUUGCGAAGAAUGUUAUUUUCAAACACAGUCAAAGCCGGCUUUGAAUGAAUUAGUUACUUCUUGGCAUGCAUUGAUAUCACCCUAAUAAGAGCUUCGAUCUUCUUCUUC